AAAAAAAAAAUUGCCCACCAACUCUCUCUCUACCAAAUUUCAAUACCAUUGGACGAGUACUUUAUUAAGUAUUACUAGAAUACUAAGUAGGAAAAGGAUUUUUCUAUGGCUUCGUGGAAUUCAAUUCCGCUGGAAAUCACGUACGAGGUUCUGGGGUGGACUGCUUUCUCAUCGUGGUCCAUUGGUUACUACCCGCAAAUCAUCUUGAAUUUCCGUAGGAAAAGUGUGGUGGGGUUGAGCUUCGACUUCGCGGUUCUGAAUUUGAUGAAGCACUCCACGUAUCUCAUAUACAACGCUUCCCUUUACUUUAGCUCAGUUAUUCAAAAGCAGUACUAUGAAAAAUAUGGCUAUGAACAGAUGUUACCUGUAGCUGCAAAUGAUGUUGCUUUCUCUACCCAUGCUGUUCUUGCCACCUCAACAAUCGUGUUCCAAAUUUUAAUCUAUGAUCGCGGAAGUCAGAAGGUUUCCAAGAUUGCUAUUGCAAUGAUCUUUGCCGUGUUCUUUUUUGCUGCUGUUUGUUUUUUCCUAGCUCUACCAAGCCAUUCUUGGCUUUGGCUAAUCUCCAUUUUCAACUCAAUUCAAGCUUUUAUGACAGUCAUCAAGUAUAUUCCCCAGGCAGUUAUGAACUUCACACGAAAAAGCACUGCUGGAUUCAGCAUUGGCUACAUUUUACUUGAUUUUACAGGAGGGACGACAAAUUUUUUACAGAUGAUUGUGCAAUCAAUAGAUCAAGGUUCUUUGGUGAACUUUUUUGGGAACUUAGGAAAGAUGCUGGUAUCUCUGGUAUCUAUAUUCUUUGACCUUAUUUUCAUGUGUCAACGUUAUGUGCUCUAUCCUCCAAACGAAAAUGCUGAAGUUUCGCCUAAACUCGUUGAGGAAAGCACAGAGCCGCUUAUUAUGACUUCUGAUCAUCCACAGUUGGAUAAAGUUUAGAUGAGCUUGUAAUGUAUAAGCUUCGUGGUUAUUUUUCAGAGAAGCUUAUGGAUGUGAAAUGCUUUCUUAUAAGCAGAAACGUGUAAUGUUUUUGGGAAAUCAGGCAAGCUUUGCUGUUAUUUACAUGUACCUUUAACUUUUUGUAUAAUGGAAACCAUUAAUGUGGAAUUUUUGAGGUUUUUGUUUCA